AUGGAUAACAAGCGCCCUGCCCUAGAGCUCAACACGAGCGUCGCCCUACCUCUCCCUUCCAUGUCCACUUCAAACUUCAAAAAGGCCCUCAAGUCACCCAUCAAGAUGCUGCCAGCCGCGCUCACCUCUCCGACAAAGACGAAACCACUACAGAAAUUCCCGCCCCAACAGGAACAGCGCAGCCAGACCCUCGUCGACGACCCGCCAAUGUCCCCAUCCGUCUGCGUCCCUACCCUCCAAGUUCAGCGCGCCUCGGGCGGCAUCCAAGAUCCCUUCAUCGACCACGCAACCGCCACCUGGGACUGCUGCGCCUGCGGCACGCGGAACCACGUGUACGUCCACCCAGGCCAGCACCCUCUCGGCUUCCUAGCAUGCGACUGCCCGCACAAACCGUGCAGCGCAUGCCUAACCUCCGGACAAGUGAAGCCCUUCCUCCCCAUGAACGAGCCCGCCAUGGUCCCCUGCGGCAACGCCGCCAGCGCUGCAGAAGGCGAGCCAGGAAACGAAAUACGCUUCGGCAUCGUCUGUCCCUCCUGCGGCCUGAGCUGGAGAGCCCGCGAGUUCGGCAAGCGCUUCUCCAAGACACUCCGCAAAAUGCCGAGCGUGUCGCUCAAUCGCGCGGUGCACCUUGCACCGGUGGAAGGCCGCCUGCGCAAGUCGCGCUCUACGCUCGUGCUCGGGAACAAGCGCAUCGUUACGCCGCCGGGAAAAGAGGUGCCGAAGCAAGCAGAGUACGUAGCUGUGCGGUUCAGCGGCGUGAAUUGUACGUGCGGCACAACUAUCAGCUUAGACUCAGCAUUCUGCUUCCAGAUUGUGGGCGAGCAGGUUACUGAGCGAGAUAGGAAGCAGAAAGAGUUCUGGGGGUUGUGGGUUAAGGAGGGGAAUUCAGUGGGGUGGACGACGACGCCGGAGUUGAAGGAGAAGGGACAUGGGACGGCGAUGCUGAGGUUGGGGAAGGUAGAGCCUGGAAACGAGCAUGAGGGCGUGUCGUGGAGGGUGGAGCAUCCGAAUCCGUUGAGGAGUGCGCCGGUGGUGGACAAGACGGCGAGGGACUCGUGGGAGGAGAAGUGCGAUAGGGAGGGGUGGGUUUGA